AUCAUCACUAUAGUUCUUUUUCCCCAAUUGCACUUUCUAGAAACCUUCAAAAUUAUCUAAAGCCAGCGCAAAAAUGGCGGAGGACGACGGCAGACCCCAGAUGUAUUUAUUUGGCUGUGAGCUUAAGCCAGACAAAAAGGAGUACAGAGUGGAUGUGGACGAUGAUGAGGCAGAGCACCAGCUGUCACUCAAAGCGGUGUGCCUGGGGGCUGAGGCCGAGGACAAGUUUCACACGGUGGAGAUAGAGGGCAUGACAUACGACGGCAAGAUGACCAAAGUGCAGCUGGCAGUGCUGAAGCCAUCCGUCCUCCCCUCUAUGAGUUUGGGAGGGUUUGAGAUCACACCCCCCAUCACGUUCCGCCUCAAGUCUGGAUCCGGUCCGGUUUUCAUCAGCGGCCAACAUUUUGUCCGCGUGAAGGACUCUGAUGAUGAGGCUGAGGAGGAGGAGGAAGAGAACAACACGUCUCCAGUGAAGAGGCCGUCAAACUCCACUGCAGGGAAGGCUCCCGUACUGAAACUGAAAAUGGUGAAGUCGGAGGAUGAGGAUGAUGACGAUAACGACGAGGAUGACGACGACGACGAUGAUGAUGACGACGAUGACGAUGAGGAUGAGGACGAGGAUGAAGACGCUGGGAAGACGCAAAAAAACGCAACAGUGAAAACUCCAAAAAAGAGCGUGGAGACCCCGGGGAAGAAGCCCAAAAGCUCGUCAUGGCAGAAUGGAUCGCCGGGGAAAUCGGGCGGCUCAGCAGGAAAGCCCCAGGCUAAGACACAGACACCAGGAGGAGGCAAAGACAAGUCUGGAGCUGGUACGUCCCCCAAAACAUUCUCAGUGGCUGAGGUCAAGAGUAAACUAUCAACAGUUGCCAAAGAGAGAGCACCUCUUCCAAAAACCGAGCAGAAGUUUGAGAACUUUGCCAGGAAUUCUUUCAGGAUCACGGACAAAAACGUAAUCAAAGAACUUUGGACCUUUGUACAGACAUUGAAAUCGGAGAAGAAGUAACAUGCUGCUAUGCUUACAGUGGAGAGAUCGUUUUAUCUCUUUUUCAUUUUUUAUUCUGUAUGUGCGCUCUGCUACGUCCCUCUGAGAUGUACGAUGAUGGAAGAUUGGAUCCAGCCUUGCUAGGUUCUGGAUGAACACCGUUAAUGAUUCUUGUGUUGGUUUUCCCCUUGAGUCCUCCUUUGGCUGUGUUUCCGUCAGGCGCUAGAGACGACUGUUUAGAGUCGAUGUGAGGAGAAAAAGAUGUUUGACCAAUUUAAAAGAAAUGGGUCUAGUUCAUGUUCAAGUCUUCAUAAAUUCUACACACUGAGAGAAGUUAGUUGAUUUGUAAGGAGAGAAUAUUCUUUUCCAUACCUUCACCAAUGGUUCAUGUUGGCGAAACAUAGCCACUGUUGGUUCCAGUUAUUUUAUACUGUUUAAAAGAUUUUAAAACGCAGUGGAAAUCAGGUAGGAAUCUAGUUUGAGAUUUUUAGAUUUAAGGUUUGAGUUCAAGUCCAGGGCAUAGCUGAUGUAACUGUAAUGCACAGUGAUAAUGGGCAUGUUACUUUGUGACAUAGCCAUAGAAAAAUGCAAGGAUAAUUACAACCCAGGGGAGGAUGCAUAGUAUAGCUCCUGUGUUAAUAUUGCGCAGUGUACUUCUGGAAGUCCGUCUGAAUCAUGACCUUUACUUGCUUAUUAAGUCAGCUGAUCAUUCAUGACAUGAAUUCAGUAAUUCUUUAAAAAUGCAAAUAAUUUAAUUUGUGUUCAUGUUGAAAAACUCUAAAUUGAUUGCCAGUGGCACCCUACCCUAAACUGAUGUCAUAAAAUACUACAGCACCAUAAUCAGUCACAGCAGGCAGCAGUUUAUUUUGCUAUGGUUUUGAUUGAAACAUCAAUGGCCACAGUGAUCAGUCCUUGCCAGCCCUGAGCAGGUCUGAAUCAUCGCUGCUGUCAGUCCUUUCAGCCACUGCUUCAGUGACGUCUGCCUGUGUCAUUUGUCGGCACGUGUAGGCUUGGUUGUAUCUAGUCUGUGAGGUACUGUGUGUUCUGCAAUGGCAGCUUUAACACUGAAACAGGGAUGAGUGUAGAUAUUUGUCCAUUGCCCGAGGCUUGUCGUGGUGGUUUGAAAGUAAUUCUUUUCUGAUGACAGCACGGUGGCAGAUGUUCACGUUAAAACUGAAACUGUGGCCCUUGAAGCUUUGAUCACCAUUUACCUAGGGGACGUGUGACAGUUCAUUUCAAAAGAAACACACCAAAAUCAAACAUGUCCUUGAAUAUUAAAUGGAUAAGCACUGGGCUACAUAUCAGUGGAUCGAAAGUAAUUUUGUUGAGUCUGAGAGGUGUCCUUUGACUUUAAGUUGAAGAGAUGUGUGUAUUAAUCAGUGUGAUCUGAGAGUAAUUGAUCUCCAGUUUGCUUUGCCACUCAGAGAAGCCAAAACCAUGGUCUUUGUUUUAAACUUUUGCUUCAUUAUGUUACAGUUAUGUUCCUCAUUUAUUUUAACUUUUUUACUUCUUUUCUGUGUUAAUAUUUUUGUUUGUGCAAAAUUGUAAUGGGAAAAGUAACUUCAGUGUUGUGCACCUUGUGGACAUGCAAAAGGUAGCUCAUAUUUUGUUGCUUUUACUUAAAAAAAAAAAAA